CGCAAUGACUAUAAUUAAAUUUUUCAUUUGUAGAUUUAUUUUUAUCUAUUACGUAAAUGAAGUCGAUAAUGCUAUUAAUAUGUGAUAUAAAAUUCUUGUUGAAUACUAAUUCGUAUUUGAUGAUUUUCAUUUUAUGCGUUGUCAAUAAUUUAAAUUUAUAACCUAUUUUUGCUCUUUGUAUUAUAUACAUACAUAUUGUGACAUAUCUAAUAGAUAGUACAUAUGAAUUUUUAAUUUAAAAAAAUGGAAGAUUUUCAGUAUGUAGUUAAAAAACAAGAACGAAAAAAAAUCUGUUUUGGUUCUGGAUGUUCACGCGAUAUGUCUAAAAGAGGAAUGACUUCUUUUAUGAGAUAUUAUGUGAAAGAUAAUUAUGAAAACAUUGCUCCUGGUACAUACAAUGCUAUGAAUGCAUUUUUGGCUAUUAAAAAUAAACCCUGCUUACAUAGUAUUAGUAAUAAAGGAUAUGGCGGUAUUAUUAGAGCUGUAGAUGCAAUUGAACAUAGGAAAGAUUUUCCGUCUCCAGCAGAUUAUAAUCUUGUUAGUAGUUUCAAGCCUAUCAAAGAAUCAAAAGUUCCCUUUGGAUCUUUUACCAGAACAACUACUUUUGCUGCCAAUAUAAAUCCAGGACCUGGAACAUAUACACCGGUAAGGAAGAAAGAAAUUGCAUUUGAGCAUAGUUUUGGUGGUAGAGUUAAGAUGAGAUUGGGAGUUCAAUUUAAAUGUUGUAGUAAUAAUACAGACAUAUGUAAAAACUGUGGACAAAAACCCAAAGGAGAUUAUUGGCAUUGGAAGGAUAAAAUUUUUGUGUGUAGAUUAUGCAUGAUCGAUUUGCUCCAAAAACAAUCAAGGUAUAAAAGAGAAGAACUAAAUCAUUUUUCUAGAGUGCGUGAUUGUUCGGACAUUCAUCGGCAUGAUGGUACUGAUGCUAAUAUUUGGUUAAUACAUCCUGAACUUCUAAGACAAAGGCUCAUCAAGGAAACAUAUCUUACUUUUUAUUUAAAAAAUUAAAUUCAAUGCUUCAUCAAAUUUUGCACAUUUGUACUCGGAUGUAUUUAUCAAUCGACGCAAGCAAGGCAUUAUAAGUAGACUUAUUUUAUUUAACUUUUAAAUAAACUUUAUAUAAUGCGAUCUAUAAUUUGAUGAUCUUUAAUCUAAUUUCUAGCUUAUAAUGUAUAAUCAACUUCAUAUAAUAUAAUCGUCGAUUUAUAAUACAUUAUGCGAUCUUAUUUACACAAAGAUGAUAUAAAAAUAUUGAUAUAUAAUUAUAAUACUUAUAAUAAAUACUUCAAAUAAUAUAAUAGACGUAUUUCUAAUGAUAGAAUGUGGAUAGUAUUUAACAUUUUUUGUUUGAUGAUAUUAUCAUUACGUAUACACGAUAAUCAGUCGAUAGAGAAAGGACGUUUUUGACAAUUUCUUUUUAAAUGUCAUCUUAUACCUACACUCUUACACGUUCAUAUUUGGCAAGUAUUAGAGAUUAGUAAUAGCAUAAUUGUAUUACUGCAAUAGUACAGAUUCACAUUCGGUAUUUUUAUGUUACUAAAAAAGUAUUACAAAGUAGUAAAUUAAAAAAACGCAAUAUAUUUUUUUGAGAAAG